GGUGAUGUCAUAGUGGUCACAUUCAAUUAUCGGCUUUCCUGGCUGGGUUUUCUGAAAGGAAAUCUUUCAGAGCUUCCAGGAAACCAGGGUAUGUGGGAUCAGCUGUUGGCAUUACGAUGGGUAAAAGAAAAUAUACUUUUCUUCGGUGGAGAUUCUGAUGACAUUACUGUUGGUGGAAAUUCCAUGGGAGGUGAAAGUGUUUCUGCAUUAAGCAUUUCUCCUCAAGGCAAAGGAUUAUUUACAAAGGGUUUCAUCAUGAGUGGAACAAUGUUUACCACUCCAUCAACUCCAGGCUCCUCUGAUGUUCUAUUGGACCUGCUCACCGACCGAGUUGGAUGUAAAUAUGAGAACACUGAUGACACAGUUAGCUGCCUCAGAACGUUACCUGCUGAGAAAUUUGUACUUCCACUUGAAAACCGGUUCACAAACAAAUUUACUACGAUCGAUGGAGAAUUGUUUCCGGCACCAAUUAAGGACCUCAUCAAGGACACAGAUUAUUUAAAAACAUCAGGUUUCUUCUCCAGGGAUUAUCUUGUGACACUUACAAACAAUGAAGGUGCUGUUGAGUUCUUUGGACCCUUCAACGUGGGAGUAGAUCCAGAAUCUAUGUCAGCCGGUUUCUUAAAUGAGCUUUUCCAAAUCCCAGUACCCGUGUGUGAGAAAAUCUUGGCCUGGUAUAAGAUGCCUGGCCAUUUUGCAUUCAAACCCUCCCAUGAUAUUCUCUGUGACUACAGUAUGGUAGUACCAACAUACAAAUUUCUGGAGGCUGCUGUCUCGUUCAACAAUGAGACCACUGAUAAGAGACUGGGUAGACCCUAUUUUUUGUACUUUGACUAUCAGCCGUCCUAUCUCCCACCUGGACUUCAGGGCAUGGGACACGGAUUUGACCUCAUGUACCUGUUUGACAUACUGCCUGAUCAGAUGCUGCAGUACUACUAUGACCAGAACACAAGCCAGGCUUUCACAGAAGCUGACUUCCAGAUGAAGAAUAUGUAUAUCCACAUGCUGACAGAUUUUAUGAGAUCAGGUGAUCCAAGUGUGACCUUAAGAGAGAAAUUCAAAGUUCAUUGGCCACCCUUUGACCCCAAAACAGAAGACAGCCUAAUUUUCAGUUCCUCGCCUUCUGUUAGGACAUCACCUUUGAAAGACCGCAAUCAUUUCUGGAAUAAAGUGUUCCCUCAGUAUCUGGAGGAGUACUUGCAGUCCAGUCACAAACAGGAGCUAUGA